ACCUAAACUUCUCUAUUGUUCUAGGCUUUGCGAAACUUUAAGUUAACUGUUGCUGUGGACCCCAGAUACCACCCUAAAAUCAUUGGCAGGAAAGGGGCAGUGAUCACUCAAAUCCGCACAGAACAUGAUGUGACUAUACAAUUCCCAGACAAAGAUGAUGAAUCUCAGGCCCAGGAUCAGAUUAUCAUAACAGGCUAUGAGAAAAAUACUGAAUCUGCCCGAGAUGCCAUCAUGAAGAUUGUUGGUGAACUGGAGCAGAUGGUAUCUGAAGACAUCACCCUAGACCAUCGUGUUCAUGCCCGCAUUAUUGGAGCACGUGGGAAAGCUAUCCGCAAAAUUAUGGAUGAAUUCAAGGUCGAUAUCCGUUUUCCUCAAAGUGGAGCUGUUGAUCCCAACUGUGUGACUGUGACUGGACUCCCUGACAAUGUGGAGGAAGCCAUUGAUCAUAUCCUGAAUCUGGAGGAGGAAUAUCUGGCUGAUGUAGUAGAUAAUGAGGCAAUGCAAGUCUACAUGAAACCACCUGCUCAUGAGGAAGCUAAGGCUGCAUCAAAGGGAUUUGUGGUGAGAGACGCCCCAUGGACAGCUGGCAAUACUGAGAAGGCUCCUGAUAUGAGCAGUUCUGAAGAUUUCCCAAGUUUUGGAGCUCAGGUGGCUCCCAAAACUCUGCCAUGGGGUCCCAAGCGAUAAUACCAUGAAAACAGCAAUCUUAUCCAGCCAUUUGCCACAAAAUUUCUUUCCUGAAUUCUGCCCUACUGGCUGGAUCUAGUGCAGAUUGUCAAUGAGGGGUCUCUUAAUGAAACUAGAGUGCUUACUCCCUCUGUUAUCCUUAUGCUCAGGCCUCGCUAUGCUUCUGUUUGACAUUUUUUUCUUCCCCUUGACCUGGAACAAAACUUUCCACAUUAAUUCCAACCUAAAAUAUAUACAUUUUUUCUUUCAAAUUUCAGCCUAUCAUGUGAGUCAUUGUGUUGUAAUGAAGCCUCCCAAGUACAUUAUACAAAGCACUCUAACCUCCAUUAGGAGAUCACCUUACUGCACCUAGGAAUAUACUUCCUGUCUCUCAACCUCAGGAAACACAUUUCCUUGAUUUUCUAAAAGCCAAAAUAUUUGCUCUUUCCCUUCCUGCCAUUUCUCCAAGGCCUUACCUUUGUAGUGUGCAAUCAGUUUUCCCUUUUCACUGCCAACCUCUUUCCCCCCCACCCCAAACUGCCCAUCUAAUUCUACUAUUGGUGAGGGAACUGGCCAGAAUGGGUGGGUGGAGAGAGAUGAUCAGUCCUGGAGUUUGAGACCCCCAGAAAGCACUAUCAGGGUCACAAUCCUUGUUGUGCUGAUCUGCAGCACUAAGUGCACAAACAUUCUUCCUUCACUGGGGUGAGUACUGAAUUGCAGCUCAUCAUCAGUUUUUCCCCCCAUCACUUUUUUGCAUUAUCCUUCCUUCCCAACCAUAGUAUGGCUAAACAGAGCCAGAAAACUGACAGUAUUAUUGGAUCUAAGAAAACUUGGUUCAACCAAAAGUGCCAUGUUAGCAUGUCACAAAGGAUGUUGGGUGACUAGUGCAGUGUUAAAAGAGUGCAUUGCCCUUUCCCCCCUAGCUUGAUAGUGAUGGCAUUUAAGUACCAGGGUUAAGGUGUGUCUUUUGCUUUUUACUAUUGCCUUCUUUCUACCUCAAGCCAGUAUGACAGUGGCCUGCUUCUUCAGAUAGCUCCUCUUGCUUCCUGAUAUCAUGAUUGUUCCUCUGUGAGAAGAGGAAUGUAUGUGUGUGGCUUUAGCUAGGUAUGUGGCAGUUAGUUUCUCCUCUGACAAAGAUGGUCUUAACUGUUGCCACAUAAUUUGGCCUCUAGUCUUGCAACAGAGAUUAAGCCUUGGAGGGAGGUAAGUGAGGAGUGGCUCUCACUUAAAUUGAAGAAUUUGAUUGCAGUUCAGUCUUAAAGAUGAAGCCUUUCUUGGGUGGCCAGUGGUAGGGGUGGGAGAUUAGAUCUAUAUUCAGCAAAAGCCUUCUGUAGUUGGCAACAAAUGUGUUGUCUGGUUGUCUUGACACCAAUAGUUGCUGCACUCUAGCUGCUACCAUAAACUGACGCAAGGCUGCUUGUAUUUUAAAGCUGCUCUUCUAGCCACAAUUCUCUUUUCUGCUGAAGGUGCUGGUGGCAAUGCUGGGUCUGUUGCCAACUCUGCUCUCUGUCUUUCCUGCUCUCUUCUGAAGAGCUUUUCUGAGCCAUUUGUAUCUUUUCCCCGGAGUCCUUUGUGUCCCAAAUUAUAUGCUGAGAGAUGGUGUAUCAAACUUCUAGCUUUUAGCCCGAUAGAAAGGAAAAUCCUCUCAGUUUAAAUGAACCUAAGUGAAAGGGGAGAUAUUGUUUCUCUGUGAUGAUUCCACUUGGGAUAGGAGAAGCCCUAUCACUAUCUGAGCAGGAGUCUAAAACAGGGUAGAAGUGUUAAUGCCUUGCCAGUGGGACCUGGUGUUUGAAUGUCACACAUCACUUGCACAUGUGUUUUGGGCUUAACUGCCAUUGAGCAUGGCUCUAACGCUGCCGUCUGUUCAAAUUGUUGAAAAUACUUCACUCUUCUGUCCCAUGUAGCGUGCAGCAGUUGAUCUGUGGAGAUGUGCUCCAUGUCCUCUUAAUGUCUUCCAUAUUAUGUUUCCAUGGCAAUGAUCCCUUGGCCUUAACUUUGGAAUUUGGAGAUUAUAUGCAAAACAUGUAUAAAGGCUCAUGAGUAUGGAUGACACUGGAAUUUUAUAAAUUCUAAAAAAUAAAACCUGAAACAGC